AUCGGCGCUUUCACUGGUGACGGCUUCAGUCUUUUGAAUUAUCAGCAGCAGACACUGGCAGCACCAUGGAUCUGGAGGGUUCUGUUGUUAAGGGAGGCGUGCUGAUCGUUCACAACAUCCAUGAAGGAAAGCACCAGUACGAAGUGGAAAAUGUGAAGUACAAAAGAGCGAGUAAAAAAGUGUUUGUCAGGAGAGGAGACAAACUGAUGCAAAUAAACGGCAUGGACCUGCAGGAUCUCACACCUGAGGAGUUGGCACAAUUGUUAGCUGAAGCUAAUCCGAUGCUGACGGUGCACAAGGCCAGCAUGACGAAGGAGCACACUGAGCAGUUCUUCCCAGCUGAGGAAACUUUACAUCCAUUCUCCAAGGAAUCCACAGUACUCAGUUUCAGCAUGGAGAUGAGGAGGACGGAGGACCUGGAGGAGAACGGAGUGGGGCAGAAGGGGGACGGAAAGGAGGACGGGGGUUUAGAGGAGGAGGGUUGCCAACCUGAAGACCAGGAGAAUGGGGAGAGGGGGGAUCUGCUCAUCGUAUCCAUGAUGAAAACCAGCAUCUCCGUGGUGAGCGGGAGGGGCUGCGACAGCGAGAGCCCCUGUCCGGGAUGUAACGGGACAGGAUGUACCUUUAAUGACGUUGUCAUGGUUUCAGAAUCCAGCAAGGUGAUGCUUGUUGCAAGAGGUGGUGGAAGUUUCAGCCAGCUGAAGUCGUUGAACACUCCAGUCGAACAUUGGGGUUCUCACUAUUACCUCAGAGGUCUCUGCUCAGAGAAGGCUAUCUAUGCUUCACCGAACCCAGAGGAGAUGACGAUCUACUACUACAAGUCAACUCCUCCUUUCACCACCUUCAGAGGACAGCCAGUGGUCCUUAACUUCAGCAAGUCCAACUGCUUCCUCAGGUGCUGCAAGGAAGGGGACAGGGUCUUCCUACAAGCGGAGACUUGCGAGAAGCAGAGGCUGAAGAAGAUCUCCAAGAGCGACGAGGUCGCCCUCUCCUUCGUCUUCUACACAAAGAGCGAGGUGACCAGACAGCGGACGUUUGAGUCGGCUCUGCACAGCGGCUGGUUUAUCCAAAUAGACACCUCCAACUCAGUGGAAAUGGCAACCCUGGAUGGAGGCAGGGGAGAAGAAUCCUUCCUCUUCAUCAUUCAGACUUGAGGGGGAGUCACUUUCUUCAGACGUGCUCUCAGUUGUCAGUCAAGUUUACCAUUAAAAGUCCCUUGAGGAUAUUCUGUGGGACUUGGUAUAAAACAAAAACAAAUAACAUGAGAUGAGCUCUUUUGUUUAAGCGACCUGGGCCAGUGACAGAAAGACCUAUGUCACUGUGUCAAAUUCUGCUAUCGCAGAAGUGUGUAGAUAUGUAUCAUACAACUAUAUAUAAUUAAAACAAUGUUUAGUGUGCGUGUAAGCCUGUAAUCAGAUUUGUUGUUUAAGGUGACCUUCAAGCUGAUUGUUGUUGUUUCUUUUAAAGUGUUGAUAUUUUGUGUU